AUGCCUUAUUAUGCCAGAACCAAGGGCCGGACGCAGGAAAUCCCUCCCGACGGCAGCCGGACACCUCUCUCCGGCGCCCGGUCACCGCUGCCGCCCCGGACACCCCUCGACCAACGACCCCCGUCGCGCUCCCUGCCCGACCUGAGCGCUGAUGUCCGCGCCGCCCUCGAGGCACCCAAGCACGACGACGUCACCUACCGCCACAGCGUCUGGACUCGCUGCCGAUGCUGCCGCCCCGGCCGCGGACCUUUCGCCCUGCUGCGCCGCGUCAUCCUCGUCCCGCUCGCCGACAUCCUGCAGUUUCUCGAGACGGCCUCCGAGUCUGUGCCGCCCGUCAUCCCGGCGUUGCUCGCCGCGCUGUUCUUGCUGGUAGCGCUGCCACUGUUGAUCGCCGGUGACUUCAUAUGA